AUGCCAUAUAAAGUAAGAGAACUCGUUGAUAAAGUGACCAACAUUGUUAUGAAUUACACCGAAUCGGAAGCAAAAAUUGUCGAAGCAACAAACGAUGAAUCGUGGGGUCCACCAGAUUCAUCUUUGAUGUAUGACACAUCAUUACUCGUAUUGUUAUAUUUAUUAAAAAAUGGCAAUGAGAAAGUGGUGACAUCGGCUCGUGAACAUUUGUACGAUUUAAAAUCAUUAGAAUCAUUUUCAUAUUCGGAUGAACAAGGCAAAGAUCAAGGAAUUAAUAUUCGUCAUAAAGUAAAAGAAAUUAUCGAAUUUGUUCAAGAUGAUGAUCGUCUACGAGAUGAACGAAGAAAAGCUAAAAUAAAUCGAGAUAAAUAUGUGGGAAUGAGUGGAGAAUCACAAUCCUAUCGUUAUGGUAUGUAUUUUCUUGGAUGUUCGACGGGUUAA